CUCAAUCAAGUGAACUAAAAAUCCACCACCGAGUUCACACUGGAGAGAGGCCAUACAGCUGUGACCAGUGUGGGAAAGCUUUCAUUCAGUCAGGUGACCUAAGAAUCCACCAACGAGUUCACACUGGGGAGAAACCAUAUAACUGUGACCAAUGUGGGAAAUCUUUUGCUCAUUCAGGUGUACUAAAAAUCCACCUACGCGUUCACACUGGAGAGAAACCGUAUAGCUGUGGGCAAUGUGGGCAAGCUUUCGCCACAUCGGGUAUGCUAGAAAUGCACCAACACGUUCACACUGGAGAGAAACCAUACUGGUGUAACCUAUGUGGGAAAAAAUUUACGAGUUUUAAUAUCUUAAAAGUCCACCGACGUGUUCACACUGGAGAGAAACCUUACAUGUGUGACCAAUGUGGGAAAACCUUUGCUGCACCAGCUGAAUUAAGAGUUCAUUGUCGUGGUCACACUGGCGAGAAACCUUACAAGUGUGACCAAUGUGGGAAAGCUUUCACCACAUCAGGUGACCUGAAAAAACACCAGCGUGUUCACACUGGAGAGAAACCGUACGGCUGUGACCAAUGUGGGCAAACAUUCACCACAUCGAGUCAGCUGAAAGUCCACCAACGUGGUCACACUGGAGAGAAACCUUACAGCUGUGAUCAGUGUGGGAAAGCUUUCAUUUCAUCGGGUGAACUAAACGCCCACCAACGUGUUCACACCGGAGAAAAACCGUACAGCUGUGACAAAUGUAGGAAAGCUUUCAGUACAUCAAGUCAGUUUACUGUCCACCGGCGUAUUCACACUGGGAAUAAACCGUACUGGUGUGAUCAAUGUGAGAAAACCUUUACUCAGGCUGGUGCCCUUAAACGCCACCAAUGUGUUCACGCUGCCUCGUUUUAAACAUUCAUCAGUCAAUUAAGCUGUUUUUCAUUUUGCCUCCUCAUGCCCUUGAAGUGCCCAGGCUCCUGAAAGACUCAUUUCAAAACAGUAUUGCGUCUGCAAUCUGGAGCUCUCACGAAGACCGUUUGUUUUAUGGACAACCUUUGUAUUGAACACCACCUGCAGUUCUUUCAACUACUCAGUCCCACGGAAAGCCGUUGAGCAGAGAAAAAAACUACUCCUGCAACUGCGAGGCCCAGCCCAGCAGCCCACUCUACAGUGGAUAGCCAUCUCGACAGUCUUGUCCAGCAUCCAGUCAUCACUUGCUAGCAUUAACUCUACAUCCAAACUCUGGCGUUGGGCUUGGCACCCUCCACAAGUCAAGUUUUAAUGGCACAGCUGGCAGUUUUCCUCCUCAGGUGCAGGCCUGUGAUAACAUCCCUCCGGCAUCAUUGAAGGUAUCACCGUCCCGCAGGGACACUGAAGACGCCUUCAAAUUGAGAGCAACCUCUGACAUCACUUUGGAUAAAAGCAUCAGCUAAAUGAAUAAAUGUGAAGAGCAGUUCCAGUCUCCUCUGUUGGUUCCUUUUUCUUCUGCCACAAUCUCUCCCUGAGCUGGGAGAAGCUCUGGGAAAACAUCCCAACUGUUUCUGGUCAAAUAAUUGAUUGCAGGAUUGGUUCAGGGGCCUGACUUGGUUGCCAAAUUUGCAAUAAUUACAAGUCACAUUAAUCUUCUUUAACAUAGUAAGCUAGCUAGCUAACGCUAAAGCCUCGAAUACACUCAAAGUGGACACAUACACGGACAGCUGUGGACACCAUGGACUUUUUCUGUUUAAUUAUUUCCUUUGUGAAUAAGAUGUUAUAAACCUGCUAGGGUUGGGCAAUGUGUACAAAAUUUCCUUCAGACGAUGUCUACAAUGAAACAUUGUGAUGGACGAUGUCAUUGGG